CAUCGCUCUAUUUCUCCUCAUCUAUAAAAGGGCGAAGAGAUACCUCUCUUUGAAGAGUGGCAAAUCCAAUAACGAGAUCCCAAUCGCCCUUUCCCCUCUCGCUAUCGCGGGUUUCUGAGGGCGCUGAGUUUGGCUCCGGGCGGAGGGGAUGGGUUCGGAGGAGGACAUGCACGACGCGAACGACGUCCAGUCGGUGGAGGACGAUUUCUACACCGGGGAGACGGGGAUGGGCAGCGAGGACGACGACUAUAAUUUUGGCGAUAACUAUUCGGAUGAUUCCGAGGAUGUCACCUCCCAUCGCCAGCAGCAAAACUAUACUAUUUUGAGUGAGGCUGAUAUUCGGCAGCAUCAGGAUGAAAAUAUUAAUAGAGUAUCUACUGUACUUUCAAUACCAAGAUAUGCAGCAUGCAUUCUUCUUCGUCAUUAUAACUGGAGUAUUAGUAGGGUGCAUGAUGAGUGGUUUGCAGAUGAAGAGCAUGUUCGGAAGGCUGUUGGUUUGUUGGACAGAACAGUGGAGAUUUUGAAUGCUAGAGAACUGACUUGUGGGAUUUGUUUUGAAAACUAUCCCUGUGGCAGGAUGAGUUCUGCUUCAUGUGGUCAUCCUUUUUGUGGGGCUUGCUGGAGAGGUUACAUUAGUACAUCUAUAAGUGAUGGCCCUGGGUGCUUAAUGUUGCGAUGCCCUGAUCCUUCUUGUGGUGCUGCUGUUGGUCGAAACAUGAUUGAUGUCUUGACUACUGGCGAAGAUAAAGAGAAGUAUUCACGAUAUCUUCUUAGAUCUUAUGUUGAAGAUAACAGAAAGAUAAAAUGGUGUCCUGCCCCUGGUUGUGAGUUUGCUGUAGAGUUUGUUAUUGGCAGUGGAAGUUAUGAUGUUUGCUGCAGCUGCUCAUAUAGCUUUUGCUGGAAUUGUGCCGAGGAAGCUCACCGGCCAGUUGACUGUGCCACUGUAGCAAAGUGGAUUUUGAAGAACAGUGCUGAAUCUGAAAAUAUGAAUUGGAUUUUAGCUAACUCGAAGCCUUGUCCAAAGUGCAAACGUCCAAUUGAGAAAAACCAGGGAUGCAUGCAUAUAACAUGCACACCUCCUUGUAAAUUUGAAUUUUGCUGGUUAUGUCUGGGACCAUGGUCAGAACAUGGUGAGAGGACUGGUGGUUUCUAUGCUUGUAAUCGCUACGAAUCAGCAAAACAGGAAGGAGCGUAUGAUGAAUCUGAAAGGAGGAGAGAAAUGGCUAAAAAUUCUCUUGAGAGAUACACACAUUAUUAUGAACGAUGGGCUACGAAUCAAUCAUCAAGGCAGAAGGCACUUGCAGAUUUACACAGCAUGCAAACUGAAAAGCUUGAGAAGCUAAGUGACACACAAAGCCAACCUGAAUCCCAGCUCAAGUUCAUAAUUGAAGCCUGGUUACAGAUAGUGGAGUGUAGGCGAGUAUUGAAGUGGACAUAUGCCUAUGGUUAUUACCUGCCAGAACAUGAACAUGCCAAGAGACAGUUCUUUGAAUAUUUGCAAGGUGAGGCUGAGUCUGGUUUAGAACGCCUUCAUCAAUGUGCAGAAAAGGAACUCCAAGUUUACCUUGAUGCAGAAGGUCCUAUGACAGACUUUAAUGACUUCCGUACAAAGUUAGCUGGUCUGACCAGUGUGACUAAGAACUAUUUUGAGAAUCUUGUUCGAGCCCUGGAGACUGGGUUGAAAGAUGUUGGCACUUCCAAUAACCAGGCGACAUGCAGCAAGAGUUCAAGCUGCAAGAGCUUGGGCAGCAAAUCCAAAAGUGGGAAGAUCAAAGCAGUGGCUGGGAGCAGCUCCGGAUCCGGUGCUCCUAGCCGCAGCUUCGACGACGGCAAUCUCUGGUCCUGCGACCGCUGCACCUACGCCAACCCCAGGUCUACUACCACAUGCCAGAUGUGUGAGCAUCACAGGUAGUGGUCCACCGGUGGUAGAUCUUCUUCCAGUUUGGGCAUCACUUGUGUGUAAAGUUUGCCCUUGAACCUGUUUCAAUGGCCUGUGAUGCUAGAACCAAUUCCUGUGAUGCUGGCUGGCUAGAAGGGCUAUUUAUUCACCUUAGGUUCCAACUUGCCAUUUGAAGGAGGAGGGCAAUAGCAGACUGAGACAAGAAAAAGAUACAGAAAAUCUUGAUUGCUGCUGCUGCUGCUGCUGAAGCUGCUUCAUGUCAUGUAGUAUUCUGCUUGUUUGUUGUCGUAAAGUUGACAUUGUUCGCUGUUUGUAUAUAUUUUUGUACUCGUAUAUGCUCAAUUCAAGCAUAGUUCAGAAUGUAGAAGUGCUUGUUAUUGUUGUAGCACUCUAAAGCUCCGUGACAGUAUCAUUGUUUAGUGUCAAAGGUAGUAGUAGUAGUAAGCUCUGUAAAGUAGGAUCAAACUACAUGGCAAGCUUAGUCCAUACUAUACACAUCUGUCUCA